CGAUUGCUCUCCCCUUCCCUGGAGCGGAUGCCAGAGCCAGGGUUGCCGCUGAUGCAACCUGCUGACAGGUCCGCUCUCAGCCGGCUGCUUCUCUUCUCCACCAUUCAUUUCAAGACCACAGACUUAUAGAGAUCCCAGAACCAUGGCUGAUCAGCUGAGUCCAGAGGAGAAGUUCACCCUCAUCACCAGGAACCUGCAGGAGGUCCUCGGUGAGGAGAAGCUGAAGCAGGUUCUUCAGGAGAGGGAGCUGAAGGUGUACUGGGGUACAGCGACCACCGGCAAACCGCAUGUGGCUUACUUUGUCCCCAUGUCCAAGAUAGCAGAUUUCCUGAGGGCCGGAUGUGAGGUAACCAUCCUGUUUGCAGACUUGCAUGCUUACCUGGACAACAUGAAGGCUCCGUGGGAGCUGCUGGAGCUCCGGGUGAAGUACUACGAGCAGGUGAUCAAGGCCAUGUUGGAGAGCAUCGGCGUUCCUCUGGAGAAGCUGCGUUUCAUCAAAGGCACCGAUUAUCAGCUCAGCCGAGAAUACACCCUCGAUGUGUACCGCCUGUCCUCCAUGGUGACGGAGCACGACGCUAAGAAGGCUGGAGCUGAGGUUGUGAAGCAGGUGGAGCAUCCUCUGCUCAGCGGGCUGCUCUACCCUGGACUACAGGCUUUGGACGAGGAGUACCUGAAGGUUGAUGCCCAGUUUGGAGGCGUCGACCAGAGGAAGAUUUUCACCCUGGCAGAGAAGUACCUCCCCUCCCUUGGCUAUGCGAAACGAGCACAUCUGAUGAACCCAAUGGUUCCAGGACUGACGGGAGCUAAAAUGAGCUCCUCUGAAGAAGAGUCAAAGAUCGACCUUCUGGACUCCAAAGAAGAUGUGAAAAAGAAGCUGAAGAAGGCUUUCUGUGAGCCAGGAAACAUCCAGAACAACGGCGUUCUCUCUUUUGUUAAAUACGUCCUCUUCCCUCUACGAGGAGAGUUCUGCAUCAAACGGGACCCUAAAUGGGGGGGAGAUAAGGUGUAUACCGGGUUUGAAGAGGUGGAGAAGGAUUUUGCAGAGGAGUUGAUCCAUCCCGGAGACUUGAAGGCCUCGGUGGAAGUCGCCCUAAAUCAGCUCCUGGAUCCAAUCAGAAAGAAGUUUGAGUCUCCUGAGCUCCGGAAACUCACCAACUCUGCUUAUCCAGAUCCAUCCAAGACAAAAGCAGGAAAAGGAGCUAAAAGCGCCGCAGGAGGCGAAGACGAUGAGCUGCUGCCCUCCAGGCUGGACAUCAGGGUGGGGAAGAUCGUCAGCGUGGAGAAGCAUCCAGACGCCGACUCGCUGUACCUGGAGAAGAUCGAUGUGGGCGAGCCGGAGCCGCGGACGGUGGUGAGCGGACUGGUGGCUUACGUGUCCCAGGAGGAGCUGCAGGACAGAGAGGUGCUGGUCCUGUGCAACCUGAAGCCACAGAAGAUGCGAGGGAUCGAGUCUCAAGCCAUGCUGCUAUGUGCCUCAAUAGAAGGUGAGCCCAGGCGGGUGGAGCCUCUCGACCCACCGGAAAGUUCUUCGCCAGGGGAGCGGGUCUUUGUGGAAGGCUACGAGUCCGGGAAGCCGGACGACAGAUUGAACCCAAAGAAGAAAGUGUGGGAGAAGCUGCAGGUGGACCUGAACAUCUCGGACGAGUGUGUGGCUCAGUGGAAAGACAAAAGGCUGCUGACUAAACUGGGACAGAUCACAUGUAAGACGCUGAAAGGGGGAAACAUCAGUUAGAUCCAGAAACCAGACUCCCAUCCAUCGCCGGAGCCGCUUCACAGAUCACCAUGGCGACAUUAAGCUUCAUCUGGAUGUUUCUGGAAGGACGCUUCUGACAAAAUAGACCAACUGUUUUCAUACUUUAAUCCUGACUGAGAUCAAGAAUCUUUAACAAAACAAUACGAGUUAAAGUUUGUUACUUAUGCAGCUAAAUGCAAACAACAGUACAUAUUUAAGAAUGGAGAUAAGGAAGUCUGAUCCGUUUGCUCUUCUCUAGGUCUAGCUGAUAAUAUCUCAGGGUUCUGAGAGGAGCUUCUAAUGUUUGGGGACUUUUUUCAGGUUUAAAAGUGUGGAGUCAGCUGCCAUAUAUGAUUGAAAAGGAAUGCUUUGAAAGCUUCAUCCCAUGUAUGUAAAGUCAGUAUUCUUCAAUCUGUCAGACGGUUUUAAUUUGAGUGCUGCCCAGAAGUCUUAUCAUGUUGGAAUAAACAAACACAUCUGUAAAUUGAAAUAAACAUUGAAUCUGAGGGU